UCCCCACCUCAGGCUCUCACCCUCUUCUCCUGCAGCUCCAGCUCUCUGCUCUGCCUCUGAGGAGACCAUGGCCCGGCAUCUGUGUACCCUGCUACUCCUGAUGGCUACCCUGGCUGGGGCCCUGGCCUCGAGCUCCGAGGAGGAGGAUAGGAUAAUCUCGGGUGGCAUCUAUGAUGCAGACCUCAAUGAUGAGUGGGUACAGCGUGCCCUUCACUUUGCCAUCAGCGAGUAUAACAAGGCCACCGAAGAUGAGUACUACAGACGCCCGCUGCAGGUGCUGCGAGCCAGGGAGCAGACCGUGGCCGGGACGAAUUACUUCUUCGACGUAGAGGUGGGCCGAACCAUAUGUACCAAGUCCCAGCCCAACUUGGACACCUGUGCCUUCCAUGAACAGCCAGAACUGCAGAAGAAACAGUUGUGCUCUUUUGAGAUCUACGAAGUUCCCUGGGAGGACAGAAGGUCCUUGGUGAAUUCCAGGUGUCAAGAAGCCUAGGGGUCUGUGCCAGGCCAGUCACACCGACCACCACCCACUCCCACCCCCUGUAGUGCUCCCACCCCUGGACUGGUGGCCCCCACCCUGCGGGAGGCCUCCCCAUGUGCCUGCGCCAAGAGACAGACAGAGAAGGCUGCAGGAGGCCUUUGUUGCUCAGCAGGGGGCUCUGCCCUCCCUCCUUCCUUCUUGCUUCUCAUAGCCCUGGUACAUGGUACACACACCCCCACCUCCUGCAAUUAAACAGUAGCAUCACC